AUGUCUGCAGGUGAGGUAAAGAAGAUAGAAGAACCUUUAAUAUUUCAUACGUAUCCUCUAUGCAAAUACAGUGAUAUGAAGGAAGAAAUGAAACAGGAAGUAAUGGAAAUAUGUGUUACAGCUACAGAAAAAUAUACUGAUAAUCAUGAACUAGCUGCUCGAAAUAUUAAAGACAGUUUAGAUAAAAGAUUUGGUGGUCCAUUUCAUGUAGUUAUUGGAGAAUCAUAUGCUUGCGCAGUCACGUAUCAAGCAAAGUCAUUAUUAUACAUGUAUAACGCUGGCAAUAUUGCUAUUCUUGUAUGGAGAACAAUUUCAACUUUUUAAUGACGAUAUUAAAAUUUAUACUCCGUUUUAUACUUUAUAUAAUGUAUUAUUCCUUUUUCAUUUAUUUUAUAUUUUCUCAUUCGAAUAAUUAUAUAUAAUAUGGGCAGACAUACAUGAAAGUACAUAGAAUAAAUAUAAAGUUGAAUUCACAACU